GACCUGUUGCUACAAUUGCACUCUCCUGCCUAAUGCCCAAAUGCAAGAACUCCUGGCGAUUUGCAAAUCUUGGAAUUGCGAGGAAGAAGCCCAAGAAGGAGAGGAAUCAGUCAGAGGAUGGGCCGAAAGAGAUGUGAGUGCACGAAUAUCUGUCAGUCAUAUAGUGCCAGGAAUAUAUCAAAGAAGCGCGCCGAGUGCAAAGGGUUUAAAUGCAUUCCUGGAGCGAGGGAUUGCUGCUGUCGUCGUAUGCUCUUCGAGGAACCAGAUUUCAAGGCAGUCCCAAGCCUAGUCGAGACGGCCUGCAGAGCUCGUGGCGUCGAUGUUCUCUUCCUUCCCAAAUUUCACUGCGAGCUCAAUUUCAUAGAGCAGCGCUGGGGACACUCAAAGCGAACUUACCGGCUGAAUCCCCCAUCGUCCAAGGAAGAAGACCUUCGAAACGACGUCUUGAACGCGCUCGAAAGUGUUCCGUUGGUGGCCAUGCGGCGGUGAGUCUGUGCCUGCGCGUACCACAAGGGUCUUAACGGCGCACAAGCCGCAUGGGCAUUGAAGAAGUAUCAUAGCCAUCGCACCCUACCAAACACGAUAAUGAACGAGCUUCUUGCAGCUGACACAAAUUCUCAGGUUUAAUCACGGAAAAAUUCCAUACUGCUCUGAUAGUUACAAGCUCCAUGAUAUAUAAUAGUGCAAUGUGUCCUGGUCGUACCUAAUUACA